AAUUGAUGAUACUAUAGAAUCACAUUCACCUUCAACAUUGGAAUUGGAAUUGGAAUAUAUAUAUCAUUAUCAUAAUAAAUUUUCAUUCCCACAUUCCAAAACCAUUUCACAAAAAUACAAAAUGGUUGAAUCUGAUAAUUCCCUUUACUCUUCAACACAAAAUUCUUAUAAUCAACAUCUUCUAAAUCAAAGGGUAGAAAAUGAAGAUCCAGAGCUAGAAACCAAAUCACAAAAAAAAUUAGCACUUCUACCUCUAAUUUUUCUGAUCUAUUUUGAGGUAUCUGGUGGUCCUUAUGGUGAAGAAGCAACAGUAGGUGCUGCAGGUCCACUUUUUGCAAUUCUUGGUUUUGUGAUUUUCCCUUUUAUUUGGAGUAUUCCAGAAGCACUUUUAACUGCAGAAUUAGCUACGACUUUCCCUGGAAAUGGUGGAUUUGUUAUUUGGGCUAAUGAAGCUUUUGGCCCAUUUUGGGGUUCUCUUAUGGGCUAUUGGAAAUUUUUCAGUGGUGUUAUAAAUUUAGCAUCUUUUCCAGUUUUGUGUAUAGAUUAUCUCAAACUUGUGCUUCCAGUUUUGUCCUCAGGGUUACCUCGUUAUGUGUCAAUUUUCUUUUCAACUUGUUUGUUGUCUUUUUUGAAUUAUUCUGGUUUGGCUAUAGUUGGUUAUACUGCAGUUGGUUUAGGAGUAAUUUCCCUUUUACCCUUUGUGUUAAUGUCUUUGAUUUCAUUGCCAAAAAUUGAUCCUAGUAGAUGGUUAAGUUUAGGUCAAGAGGGUGUGAAAAAAGAUUGGACACUUUUUUUCAAUACAAUUUUUUGGAACUUGAAUUUUUGGGAUAGUGCUAGUACUUUAGCUGGUGAAGUUGAAGAGCCACAUAAAACAUUUCCAAAAGCUUUGUUUUUUGCUGGAUUGCUUACAUGUUUAGGUUAUUUAAUUCCUUUGUUGGCUGCUACUGGUGCUAUGCCACUUGAUCAACAAGUUUGGGUUGAUGGGUAUUUUGCUAAUGUGGCUAGUUUGAUUGCUGGUAAUUGGUUGAAAUAUUGGAUGGAAAUUGGUGCUGUUUUGUCACUUAUUGGAUUAUUUGAAGCUCAAUUAAGUAGUGCUGCAUAUCAACUUUUGGGUAUGUCUGAUUUGGGAUUUAUACCUAAAAUUUUUGGUGAAAGGUCAAAGUUGUUUAACACACCUUGGAUGGCAAUUUUGGUGUCAACAUUUGUAGCACUUGCUAUGACUUUUUUCAGUUUUACAGAGAUUAUAUCUACUGUUAAUUUUUUGUAUAGUUUGGGGAUGCUUUUGGAGUUUGCUUCUUUCCUUAAGUUGAGGAAAAAAUUCCCUACAAUGAAAAGACCUUUUACGGUACCAAUUGGAUUCUUUGGUUUGAUACUAAUGUGUUUGGUUCCAUCAGUGCUUUUGGUUUAUGUCAUGACAGUUGCUACCAAAAUUGUAUAUUUGUCUAGUGCUUUAUUAACCUCAUUAGGGAUACUGUUGUAUUAUUUCAUGAAUAUUUGUAAGUCCAUGAGGUGGAUUGAAUUUACUGGUGUAGGUGAUAAAUUGGAUGAAGAUGAAGAUAUUAUCAUAUAGAAGUUGGGUAUAUGAUUGCUAGUAAUUUAUACUUUUGGGUGAAGCAAGCAAUUUUUGUAAGAUAUUUAUUUGGGGUUGAAGCAAUCUUUGUAAUAAUGUAUGUAAUUUUCUGCAGGAGAAAUUGGAUUCUCCUCAGUCACUAUUAUAUUAGUUAUGUAUUUAUUUGUCUUGCAACCGUCUGAAUGACGAUGUAGAUUCCAUUAUUGUUAUUAAUUUAUUUAUAAUAGGAAUUGGGAUUUCAAGAUCCCAACUUUCUGUAAAAGUGUAGCUAAAGACACGUUGGAUUC